AUGGCUCACAGCAAUCUCCAGCUCCAUGCGAAUCUUGCACCUGCUACAAUUUUCACCAAUCGGGGAUUUCGCAACUCUGAAGCUUACUCAAGGUACCUUCGGUGCUUCAGCGAUCAAGCUCUCCAUCCCUCAUUCCUCAUUCCUCCCACCACCUUCAAUCGGUACAGACUGCGAGUCAAUGGGUAUCUCAAUGACCUUGGGUGGAGCUCCCUACUCCAAAACCGGCUCCUCGAUCAGUGUCCUGAAGCUGUGAGGAUGUUCUUCGCAUGUAUGCAGUGCGGCCCUGGACCUAAUCCGUCAUACUUCACCACAACUGUCUACAAUUUCAGUGUGAUGUUACUGCUGAAAUUUUGGCCAACUUGCUGCACCUUCCUCAUGGUGGCUACACUGCUGGAACUACUUAAGACUUCGACAGCUAUGGGUUUCAUCCAAUAG